AUGCGCAGCUUCUCGAAGCUGUGCGCUCCAGGAGAGGUGCCGCAAACUUUUUCAGCAAGAGUUGGAGAUGCGGCCCCGAAUGGAUCUCUCCUGGUCGGACCCUCUCUAUUCCCAGCUAUCGCCGUGUCUUCCAGAAGACCAUCGGAUCAAAGUCUGGAUGCCAUCCCGGAGCCACAUAUUCACACGUCGCCCCCAGAGCAAUCUGCAGUAUUUUGUCGGCCUCCCGAAAUUCUGGACAGCGACGAAGCAGCAGACGAUGACCCCAAAGUGUAUUUGGAAGCCAGCGACCUUUGGAAACAGUUCUACAAAUGCGGCACAGAAAUGGUCAUUACCAAAUCUGGGAGGCGCAUGUUUCCGCCGCUCAAGGCCAGGUGCACCGGGAUGGACAGAAAAGCCAAAUAUAUUCUUCUGUUGGACAUCGUGGCUGCUGAUGACUGCAGAUAUAAAUUUCACAACUCGCGCUGGAUGGUGGCGGGGAAGGCGGACCCGGAGAUGCCCAAACGCAUGUACAUCCACCCGGACAGUCCGGCCACAGGCGAGCAGUGGAUGUCCAAAGUGGUCAACUUCCACAAGCUGAAACUCACCAACAACAUAUCUGACAAACAUGGAUUCACAAUCCUGAACUCGAUGCACAAAUACCAACCCAGAUUUCACAUAGUGAGAGCAAAUGACAUCCUAAAGCUGCCUUACAGCACUUUUAGGACAUACGUCUUCUCUGAGACAGAAUUUAUCGCAGUGACAGCUUACCAAAAUGAUAAGAUCACACAACUGAAAAUAGACAACAAUCCUUUCGCCAAGGGAUUCCGAGACACAGGCAACGGGAGAAGAGAAAAAAGGAAACUGCAGCAUUUACCACCAAGGCCUAAAGAGAUGCGGAUGACGGAUGUAAAACCUGAACCCGUAAAAGACUCGUCUCCACAAUAUUCAGACAAUUCCAAGUCUUCAGAUGUCCAUGAAAGUGACAGUGACAAGGACGACCAUGUUGAGGAGACUCAUGGACGAGAGGUGCUCAUAUCCCCCCACGAAACAGAAACCGAGCCAAAGGCUGCCAUCACAGAAAGGACGGUGCAGACUCCAGUGAGGACGCACAGAGAAACGGACCCCAAACAAAACCGUGUCAUCUGCAAAACCAUCGACGGAGCAGGUUGCUGCCCGACACGAGACUCUGACAAGGAACAACCAUGCAAAUUACACAGCAGUUUUGCGCACAGCUGUGCUUGUUCUCCGGAAAUAAACAGACAUCUGCAGGAUCCGAGGACCUCCAACAGUCUUUUCCAUUCUGCUCAGGUGAACUCCUGGUACAGCUGUGCCACCUUGGACAGAGCAGUGCCAUGUGGACUGAGUCUGGCAGCGUCUGCCAGGACUCCGUUUCCCAUCAGCCUUCAACAGCACGCACUGGUACAGGACCUGAUGAGCCUGUCACACUUCAGAGGCUUCCUGUUUUAUCCCUACUCCAGUUUCUCUGCAGCAUCGGCUCAAAACCUCAUCCUACCAGCACGGCCCAGAGAGGAUUUCAGAGCCUGCCCAAGCAUCCACAGCCAGGAUUAUUUCUCCUCUCCGUUCAUAUCUUCAUCUGUUCCUUAUGCGGGAGGUGGCGGCAUCAAAUAUCUCACCCCAGAGUUACUAUCGCUGCCUAAGAUGGGGGAGAAGACCUCAGCAGACGAAGCUGGAACUGACUGCAGCCAGGACGAGUCAGGAGCAGGGUGCUGAGAUGUGAGGGGUUACUGCUGCUUUGAAGUGUCUCUGCAUGCGGUCUGCUGACACCAAACUUAUUUCAGGAUCAAACUUUGAAGUGGUCAAGUCUCAUACAUGUGCACCAUUUUGCUGACAAGACUUAACAUUUAAUUAUUAAUUAAUAUCAAUAAGCUGUGAUUUUAUUUAAAUGAAAUGCUGCCUUGUGCAUUAUAUUUAGUCCUCACCAACAGCUACUGGACAUGGCUUCCAAUCUGAGGAUGAAUCAAACUCUCCCCUGAAACCACUCAGGCCUUAAUAAGCCUAUAUAGGUCUUGUCCACAUGGACAUGGGUAGAUUUUAAAACUUUCUCUGCGUGUUUUCAUCCACACUCAGAUGCAGUUUUAGGAAGAUGAAGAAACCUUCUUCCACACAAAAGAUAUCCAGAACUCUUAUUGCAGUGUUGAUGUGCAGACUUUGGACUGUCUGAGUGUACAGUCGUCUCCUCGUCAUUACCAUGACUGGUGCUAACCUUGUUAACAUUUACAUUUACAGCUGAAUUAUGUUGAGGAAUGACUCCACUUUGCCAUCCUUCCUCAAAGCAUCAUUGUUUGUAGCUUGACUAAACUGGUAAUAGCUAUUUUUUCCAUGCGCUGAGCGGCAACUCUGACUGUAGAGCAGGGCGACAUAAACAUCUGCUGGUUUGGCUCUUGACAGCACUUCAGUUGUGUUUUUCUUUAUUUGUUCUAACAGUCAUCAUGUGACAAUGACAAGGGAAAAAAACCCAGUUUUAAAAAAUUGCCUUAUACAUAUGGACCAGGUAAUGUAUUGCCUGCUUUCUUCUGUUAUCUUUCCAGCCAUGAGAGUGUGCAUUCUGUACAUUUUUUUUUUUUUACCAUUUUUAAAGAAUUAUUUAAAUCCUAUAAUGUGUUCUAUGUUCAUAUUCUUGGUACUUCUGUUAUUACAUCCAAGUUAUUGGUAUAGCCUUUUAGGUCUUUGCAGAGUUCGAAGCUCACACACAGAAACAAAUACCACAACUGAGAAAGUGAAG